CCCACCCACUGAUGUUAUGUAGCAGCAGUGCUUUCACUGGAGCAAGCAUCCAGACUCACUCCAGAGACAGAGACAGAGAGGGAGAGGCUGUGGAUGACUGGGUGUGGCUGGAGAGGAGAGGAGAGGAGAGACAUGAGCGGCGGAGCGGCAGCGGGGGCGGCGGCGGCGGUGAGCAGGUUCAUCAAGUGCGUGGCCGUGGGCGACGGCGCCGUGGGCAAGACCUGCAUGCUCAUCUGCUACACCUGCAACAAGUUCCCCACCGACUACAUCCCCACCGUGUUCGACAACUUCAGCGCCAAUGUCUCCGUGGACGGCAGCAUCGUCAACCUCGGCCUCUGGGACACCGCAGGUCAGGAGGAUUACAGCAGGCUGAGGCCUCUGAGCUACAGGGGAGCCGAUGUCUUCAUCCUCUCCUUCUCCCUCACCAGCAGAGCAAGCUAUGAGAAUGUGCACAAGAAGUGGAUGCCGGAGCUUCGCCGGUACGCCCCCGGCAUUCCUGUACUACUUGUUGGAACCAAGUUGGAUCUCCGAGAAGAUAGAGCUUAUCUUGCUGAUCAUGCAGCUGAUUCCAUAAUAACAACUGAGCAGGGUGAGGAGCUUCGGAGACAAAUAGGUGCGGUGGCAUACAUAGAAUGCAGCUCCAAGACACAAAGGAACAUUAAGGCUGUUUUCGACACUGCAAUCAAGGCAGUCCUUCAACCUCAAAGGCACAAGGAGGUAGCCAGAAAGGAAAUUCGGACUCGCUCUAGUCGGUCAGUAAGGCGGUACUUCUGCGGGAGUGUUUGCUUAGCAUAGUCGAGAACAACAUUGUGGCGUCUUUCCUCGACAUGAUGCUCAGAUGGCGCGCGGUUGUUCUCGAAAUGGGACAGACAGUGAUGGUAGAAGCAUCUCAUUGCUAGCAGCUAGACGGAACUCCUAGUUCUCUCGUGCACUGUGGUGUGGACUGUGGAGCACCCUGAAUCCUUGAUGAUGUAAGAUAGGCAUCAAGUUUUGCCUCUGUAAUAAGGCAUGCUCUUGUGGAUGAACAAAUUUGAAAUAUCCCACUCCUUGGGCAGGCUUGAAAAUCUCAGGGUAAUAUGCACAAACAAGAUAAUCUCGUU